AUGGCAGAUUUCUCGCAGUGGGAGAGCCUGGCCUUUAGCGCCGACUCUCAGUAUUUGGCAACGCUCGGCAAUCCGAACGAUGGAUUUCUCUUUAUCUGGACAAUCAAUCUCAAGAAUGGGUCGGCCAAGCUACACUCCGUGAAUAAAUGCACCGCGGUCAUCAAGGAUAUGUGCUGGGUUGGCCAGAGCUUGGUCACUACCGGUCUGCGACAUGUCAAGGUCUGGCGUCUUCCAACGGUUAUUCGGCCUGUUUCCCCAGCCAAGGCGCGUUUAAAUUUAGAGGGAACUGGCCCCUCGCCAAAUCCAAUCCCCAAAGCACUAUCUGGCAGAAAUUGUUUAUUGGGUGCAUUGGGCGACAACAUCUUCACCUGUGUGAACAGCAUUUCCUACAACGAGGCUGUAAUCGGCACAGAUUCAGGCGCAGUUUGCUUUUUCGAUGACCGCGAAGGGUCGCAGAAGAUGAUCACCGUAAAGCAAGUUGGAUUCAGCAUCACCUCGCUAGCCGUGGACUAUGACUCGGAGUCCAUAUGGCUAGGUGGACGAGGAAGGCAAAUGCAGCGGGUGCCGUUUGAAGUUUUAAGAUCAUCCGGCUUAUCCCCGCCGGUGUCUUCUGCUCGCCUUGACAAGAAUGCAUUUGACAAGAAAAGCAAGACACCAGCGAUUACAUGCAUGGGGUCUCUUAAUUCUCAUUUAGUCACUGUUGAGUCCACCUGCGCGAUUCAUCUAUAUCCGAUCAAAACUUUAAGUGAUGAUGGUGAACAGGAGAGAGGUGAGGCUUCCAUGCCGGCCCAUUGCGACCCAAUUCUCGGUAUUUGCCGCAUGGAUUUUCCUAACGACUUGUCUUCGGACUUUUUCACGUGGUCUCGCGAUGGUUCAGUGAACUUUUGGGAUGUCCAAGGGAAGUGUCGAGGUUCUAAAAAAAUCGAUCUUGAUCAAUUUUCAGGAAAGGAAGAAGAUUCAGCAAAUGAACUCAAAGUUUUGCGGACCGCUGAAAAUGCGGGCUGGUUCGUCUCUGCUGACAAAUUUGGUGUCUUGAGAAUCUUUUCAAACUCUGACUGGACUUGCCUCAACGAGGCGCGCGCUCAUGGCGGAGAGAUCACGGAUGUGGCCAUACAAGGAAUGGACGAUACCUGGCUGAUAGCUAGUUCUGGGCGUGAUCGGAUGGUGCAACUCUUCGAGAGACGAGACACCGAGUUAAAGUUGAUUCAAACCAUGGACGAUCAUGUGGGGGCUGUUGGACAAUUGAUGUUCAUCAACGAGGGCGAGAAGCUUCUUUCGUGCUCCGCAGAUCGCACAGUUGUCAUACGAGAUCGUGCCACUCGUGAGGUAGAUGGUGGCACAUCUGUUGCCUACCUCAUCUCAAGGGUCAUUACUCAGAAGUCCUCUCCCGUGUCGAUGACCCUUUGUCCAGAUGACUCGAACAUUCUAUACCUCUCUACCAUGGAUCGCUGUGUUUCAAAAUUCGAUAUCUCCUCUGGACAUCAACUUCACUGUUUUAAGGCAACUGAUUCGGAGACAGCCGAUGCGGUGGUUCUGAGCUCGUUGACAGUUGCAUCCGAAAUCUUAGGCCAGACUCCGAAGGUUCUUAUAGGUGUUUCGAGCACGGACAAAUCAAUUCGCGUCUAUGAUCUAGAGCGAGACCAGCUGCUCACUGGCGAAUUCGGCCACACAGAAGGUGUUAGCGACAUGUUACUCCUGGAGGAGCGUGAUCUAUCCGAUGGGUCCCAAACAAAGCGCACGGUUGUCAGUGCUGGGAUGGAUGGUAUAUUGAUGAUUUGGGACCUAUCUGUCUCUGUCCAGCAACAGGUCUCACCAGACCUUGUCGGGAAUGUGCGUGAGGAGGAUGAAACCCCCGUGAAAGAAAUGGCAGCUGCGAGGCCCCCUCUCCGAAAAGUCCUUUCCCGCAGCGAGCUCGCCGGAUUUCAACGACCGGAUAGCCCCAAUCCUACAACACCGACCCCUAUACGCGAGCAAUCUCCAACCCUACCCCGCAAGUUGUCUCGACUAUCUCUAGCACCAUCAUCAUUGAAAAACCACGCCGUGUCAGAAAAAUCCUCCCCGCCAAACCGCCUAUCCCCAACAUCAGGAUCAGGCAUACCGCAAGGCCGACGCCGCCGGUCCCCAUCCCCCGUAAGCCCGAAAUCAAGGACAUCAACAGCCCGAAAACCACAUAGCGUAAGAACAACGAAUCGCCGCACAUCCAUCGAAUUCCGCAACCGCAGCAAAACAACCCCAUGCGGUGACUUCGGAAGUCUAGAAAUGUCCACCGAGCAGCUGUGCCGAAGCCUGCGAGCGUAUCGAAAGAAACUCAACGGCUCGAAUCAACGCAUGCAAGCGCAAAAGGAGCUCGAGCGCGAGCUCAGUCUCACACUGCGCAUCGUGGGUGGUCGUGAACAGAGUAGCGACGAGAGCGGCGAAACAGAGACGGAUAGCAGCGGUAAGGAUACGGAGCGCGAGCGGAAACAGAGCUACGCGGUUAUGCCAAAGUCGCCACAUGUUCCUCGCCGUAUGCCGUCUACCCCGUCUUUGCGGCUGAAGGGGGUGCGACAGGUUUCGCGGAGCCGUUCUUGCGAUCCUAAUUAG